AUGGAGAACGAUCCCGGGCUGACACCCGUGGAUCCUUCGCAGGAAGAGGCCUUGUUGGAAAAGUUGGACAAGAAUGGCAUCACUUUCUUCCAACAGCUGCGCCGCAAGAAGAAGGAUUGCAUGUCAGCCAUCUUGGCGCUGCGAGCCGAGUUGGCCGAGUGCGAGCAACGCAUCCAGGAGGAGCAGGAGAAGCUCGGCAUCGAGGAUGAUGGCCUUGAUCGCAAGGCCAUUCUCAACCGCGGCAUUGUCAUUUUCAAUGAAAAACCCAACAAAGGCAUUGCCUACCUGACCGAGGAAAAUUACUUUGAGGCCGGUGGCACUGCGCAUGAAGUGGCCGAAUUCCUCUCCAACACCAGCGACCUGACCAAGCAAGCCAUUGGCGACUACCUGGGUGAGAACAAGGAAUUCAACCUGGCCGUUCUCGACGAGUUUGUCGGUCUCCACUCCUUCCAUGACCUCAACUUUGAUACCGCGCUCCGCCGCUAUCUCUGGUCCUUCCGUUUGCCCGGAGAGUCACAAAAGAUUGAUCGCAUGAUGGAGACCUUUGCCAAGCAUUACUGCCAGGCCAACCCAAACGUUUUUCACAGCACGGACGGCGGCUUUAUUCUCGCCUUUGCCACCAUCAUGCUCAACACCAGCCUACACAACCCUUCGGUCGCACACAAACCCUCCUUGGACGAAUUUGUCAGCAUGAACCGUGGCAUUGACGAAGGCAAGGACAUUGAUCGGCCCCUGCUUGAGGAGAUUUAUGCCUCCAUUGCCAAGACGCCCUUUAAAAUUCCAGACGAUGAUGAGGGCCUGAGCAUAAUGUUUUUCAACCCAGCCAAAUCAGGCUAUCUAAAGAAAGAAGGUGGCACCAAAAAGACGUGGAAGGAUCGCUGGGUCGUGCUCAAGGACAGCUGUCUUUACUAUUUUCGCGACAAAGAUGAUGAGAGCCCUAGCGGCAUCAUUCCUUUACUGGACGUCCGGGCCCACCUGGUGGCCGAUGACAAAGGAAAGAAAGCACCCAAGGGUCCGGGCUUCUUUUUUGAGCUGGUUGGCGCAGACGAUGGCAUGGGUGGCACGUUGCCCAUCAAGGGCUGCAAGACCAAUUCCAAAGGCAUGGUUGUUCAAGGCAACCACGACCGCUACCUUUUCCGGGCCGAGACGCAACACGAGGCUGAGGAAUGGGUUCAUGGUAUUAUGGCCUCAGUGACCCGCCAACCAUUUUUCUCCAUGCGUCGUCACUCGAGCCGUAGUGGUCUCCCCAUGGCCGAGGCCACUCCAUAAGAACAAAGGUGUCUUGGUCGAAACCAGGCGCCUGUCUCGCUGCGCGAGCUGCUGUACACGACUUUUAUACACAAUUACUGAGUGCCCCUAAAAGAACCCUUUUGCUGGAAUGUCCAUGCACACCCACCUGAGUCUGCCAUGGAGGUUGGCACCAUGUCUCUUUGUGGUCUUGGCGGCAUUUGAGUAUGUGCCAGCG